GGCUUUUGGCACAGGGUGAAUUUUCUUUGGGCCUGACUGCAUCUCUCUCGUCACCCUUGCAUUAGAUAGGGAUCCUGACUCUGUCACGUCUUAAUUUCGGUCGACGCCGAUAACGUUGGAUAUCCUCCGAGGCUUAUGAGGCAAUUUGCGGGCCGCUGCUAAAAUACAAGUACGAGUACGGGAGCGAAUUAGUGACUAGAAUUAAGGCGAGUCGAAGGCAAACUCAAUGUUAGUCUAAGCCCCUCCAUCCCGGUUGGAGCUCGAUCGGUAGCUCAUCUCUUCCACGCCGUUCCCCAAUCCAUCUCUUUCACCAUAUCUCGAUUUACACCUGCAAAUCCUCUGUGCAGUACAGAGUGUGCGACAGAGACUGAGGAUGGCGUCUCCUACAGAAUCCGCAACUACGACGAGCGUCGAGGCCUCCACUAGCUCUGUCUCUCGCCGCAUUGCCUCCACAGACGAUAAAGCAGAUCUAACCUCAGUGGAGCCUCCCAAUGGAACUACCAAGGAGCGGCUGUCCAAGACGCUGCCAAAGAAAUAUCGCCAUGUCGCGGCGGUUCAUUCUCAGACGAGGCCGUCGUGCUUGAGCCACGACUCUACUGCGGCGCCCAGCUUUCUUGGAUUUCGCAAUCUCAUGGUCAUUGUGUUGGUUGUUGGCAAUCUCAGAUUAAUGAUUGAAAACAUUCAAAAGUACGGCGUCUUGAUCUGCAUAAGAUGCCACGACUAUAGGCGGCAGGAUCUACUGCUUGGUCUUCUACUCUACUUUCUCAUUCCUUGCCAUCUCUUUGCAGCAUACGUCAUUGAGCUUGUUGCAGCCAAGCAGGCCGAGGGAUCAAGAAAACGAAUGAAAGAGAACAGCUCUGGUCCGUCAGAAGCAGAGCGAAAGAAGUUUCACUCCAUUUGGGUUCUCGCGGCUCUGGCCCAUGGCAUCAACAUCACGCUUGCUCUCGCCAUCACCACCGUCGUGGUCUACUUUUAUGUCUAUCAUCCAUUGAUUGGCACGCUGACAGAGAUGCACGCCAUUGUUGUGUGGCUCAAGACGGCUUCAUACGCAUUUACUAACCGAGAUCUUCGCCAUGCCUAUUUGCAUCCGGUAGAGGGAGAAGAAGUGCCUGACUUAUACAAGGCAUGCCCGUACCCGCAAAAUGUGACAAUGAAGAAUUUGGUUUACUUCUGGUGGGCUCCGACUCUGGUAUACCAGCCCGUUUAUCCGCGCACCGACAAGAUUCGAUGGGUCUUUGUGGCGAAGCGACUCGGAGAGAUCUUCUGCCUCGGCGUGUUCAUUUGGGUUGCCAGCGCUCAAUAUGCAACCCCCGUUUUGCGCAACUCUUUGGACAAAAUUGCAUCUCUCGAUUUAUUCUCCAUCUUGGAACGACUAAUGAAGCUCUCUACAAUCUCUCUAGUCAUUUGGCUAGCAGGAUUCUUUGCUCUUUUCCAGUCUUUCUUAAAUGCCCUUGCAGAGAUUACGCGAUUUGGCGAUAGAUCAUUUUACGACGAUUGGUGGAAUAGUGAAAGCUUAGGUGCUUACUGGAGGACAUGGAAUAAGCCUGUCUACACGUAUUUCAAGCGUCAUGUCUAUAUGCCCAUGAUUGGACGAGGUUGGAGCCCAGCCGCUGCCAGCUUUGCUGUUUUCUUUGUUUCCGCCGUGCUUCACGAGAUUGCUGUUGGUGUUCCAACUCAUAAUAUUAUUGGUGUCGCUUUCUUUGGCAUGUUCCUUCAACUUCCUCUUAUUGCCAUCACCACCCCUCUCGAGAAGAUGAAACUCGGCCACGGUGGCCGCAUUCUGGGAAACGUCAUCUUCUGGGUCUCAUUCACAAUCUUCGGACAGCCAUUUGCCGCUUUAAUGUAUUUUUACGCCUGGCAGGCCAAGUAUGGCAGUGUGAGCAAGAUACCUCAGCCGAUACUUCACUAAUAUGCGAUUUUUGCAAAUAUAUGCAUAGCUGUCUGAUUCAUUCUACAUAGACGAUGUGUACGGAAGUUUAAUGAGAGAGGCCUUUUGAAAACAAGAGGUUUUACUAGAUAUGACGAUUAUACGUCUUUGGGUGAAUAUUAUAAGGAUUACAUACAUAAUGAUGAUCGCUAAUUUUGCCACCCUGUAAAU